AUGAAUACAAAUCCAAGUAUUAUAUCAGGACUCACCGGGAGUACUUUGAUUGAAAACUCAUGGAGGCCAGGAAAGAAUGUUUUUAAGAACUUUUUCACUUACAGAGUGUCACAAAGUUCAAUAAACCAAUUUGAAAAUAGGUUCGGAUAUGGUUUCGCAUAUUCCAGAAUGAAAGCAAUCACUUCAAAAAAGUAAGAUUUGCCUAAAAUAAUAUUUUUAUUUGAUCGACUCUAUUCGGUGAUGAUCACUAAAAUACCUAAUGUAAAAUUCAUAAUGUUGAUUUAAUGAACGGUGUGGUUUUGUGAUAGGUACAAUAUGAUCGAAUUGUGUCUAUCUAUUUAAUACUAGAUGUUCCUUCCCAAGUUGCUCGGACUACUUUUAUUGUUUAAAUCAAAUCAAAAUUUAAAUUUGAAAAAUGUUCAUUUAGAAAACAUAAUGGAAAAAUAUCGGUCAUGAUUCAUGAUUCAUAAAUAUUCUAAAUUAUAUGUUGAUUAUAGGUAGCUAAAUAUAUUAAAACUAAAAUUUACUAAAAAAAAAGGUAAAAUAACCUGUAUAUAUAUAUUUUUUUUUUAAUUCAGCUAUAUCGUGCCGUAUUACAAACAAUAUAGGUAAUUCUAUAAAAACAGCUAAAUAAAUAUUUGAGUCAAAAAUUAAAAAAUAUACUUUUUUUUUUCAACGAUUAAAUAUGACAUUUAUUUUAGCUAAUCAACGCAUAUCAUAAUUAAUUGGUUAUAAAUAAAUGUUUACUGGUGUUCUUUAGUGGUUUUAAUUCUAUGGUGCCCUACCCAAAACUAUGCACAUACGUCGAUACAAACUUAAAUAAGGAUAUUUCCUACUCUUUAACCUACAACGUGAUGGGCAACUUGUGGGCCCACAUCACUGGCCAAGCCUUGGGAAAUCGGUCGAAUAACAAUGUUACCGGAUCUAUUGAGUGGGCUAACAAAAAUGUUAGCUUGCAAAUGUCCGCCAUCAAAGCAAAGAAUCAAAAGAACCUAGUAAAUAUUAGUUUCACGAGGCGAUUAUUUAGCCCUUGGUUGUUCGGUGGCCAGUGUACAGUAGUAGCCGAAAAAGGAAUACCUGCAUCAAGUUUAAUCAAAAGUUAUGAAGGCAUGUUUGGAUACCAACAUGAUAAACUAACUUAUGCAGUCACUGUGGACCAAUCUCUGUCUACGGCCGUGCGGGCCGUAGCACGCUUUAAGUCCAACACGACUUAUUUAGAACUAAGAAGUGAACAUGGUAAAAAUGAAUUGAAAUGCAUGCUUGCGCAACAGGUCGUCCUUUCCGAAAAUUUGUCUGUUCAAG